UAUUUAUAAAGUUUAUUACUUUCACAUGAACAGUUAUUUUAUUGAAAAGUGCUAGUGUUAUCAGCUGUCUGUCAGAUACACAAUACUACGCGCGGAGUCCAGACUAUGCACGGACAUAUUGUUGACAUUUAUUUAUUAAAUAAAAUGAUUUAAUUAAUAUCGAAUAUUUUCCAAUUCCAUUCUAACAUAGAAGUCAAAAUGCUUAUAUUCUCCAAUUAUUCCUUAUUCUAAUUUUUAUUAAUUGUUUAAUUCGAUAAAUAUUGAACUUCUACAAAGAAAUACAUCAAAAAAGUCACUUCACGUUAUUAUCUAAUAUGGCAUUGACAAAUCUACCAGAGGAAGUUUUAAUAAUAUUAAUCAAGAAAUUGGAUACAAUAUCACAGUAUAAUUUAUAUAAUACAUGCACACAUAUCAGAAAUAUUAUUAGCACACAUAUUGUAAUCAAAGAUUGUCAGCUGUCUUUGAACACUAUGGCCACUGCACAAUCAUUGAAACUUAAUUUCUUCAAGGACAUCUCAUAUCAUUUACAAGAACUAAAUAUGUGUGGUGUUCCUGACUUAUGCAAGACAAUGUUAUUACCAGCUGUGAAGAAAUUAAAGAAUCUUAAGACUCUGGAUGUUUCAUACACAAACAUAACUAUUCCAGAUUUUGUUGAGAUUCUAAAAUUAUGCCCAACAAUUAGAAAUAUCACAAUUAAUUUUAUCCUCAGCAGGGCAAACAUAUCCAUAGAAAGAAAGGUAUUAGUGGAGGUUCAGAAUUCUUUUCAACAAAUGGAGAAUGUGCAUUUUGUCGGUGCGGCAUAUAACUUAUUAUAUUCGAAACUUUCUUUUUUUAUUUUAAACAGUGCAGUAAUAAAUUGUUUAAAAUAUUCAAUUUCGCAAAGGGACAUCUUAACUUAUCAUUUAGAUGAAAAUGUCUCUUGGGAACCAAACAUUAAGUUUAAGCAAUUGAGUGUCUAUUUCCUAGAUUGGGAAAAGUCAUAUACAUUAUCUAACAGUCUUUCAAUUUUUACGCUGCUUAAUUUUGCAAAGUAUGAGGUGCUAAUUAUAUGUGCUAAUUCUAAUAACCUCUUUAUGCAUUCUGUUUUUGCUACACCAAUUUUAAAACAGUUUAUUAGUGAUAAUUUUAUAUGUAAUAUUGAGAGUUUUACAAAAUUAAAUGAUCUGUCUGGAAAUGCUGUCAUAAUGAUGUGGGAGAAGGAAACCAUUCAGUUUGAUAGUGGAUUUUAUUCAGAUCUAAUGAAACAGUUGCAAGAAUAUUUUGUACAGCAGUGUGAUGCACAUACUUUGACUCCUUUACCAGAGAACUGUAAAUGGUUCUACACAAGACCAACAAUGUCAGAUUUCACUGAAAAGGAUUCCAAUUCAAGUCUCUCUACAUUUAAAAGAAGAAGAAUAGCGCCCCAAAGUUAUGUAUUGGACUAUGACAAACUAUUUCAGCAUAAAGAAAAGCUAAAAUUAAACAUUGAUUUUGUACAAUUAAUUAAAAGUUCAGUAACACUGUCAGCUAAAUGUGAUUAUUUAAAGAAAAUUACAUUUUUAAAUUUAUCAGGCUUAGCUUGCUUUAGUGUGGAAUUUUUUAAUAUAUUAUUCAGGUGUUGUGAUAACCUGAUUACAUUAGAUGCUGUGGUUCGGUCUGAAUUCUUAGGUGGGUCUCCUUUGUCAAGGUCUAUAGCUUUAAGUAAGAGUUUGAAAAAUGUGAGAUUGGUUGAUAGGAAAUUUGAUUUCAAAACAUUGUUUUUAUAUUUAAGUCAAUGUAAGACAUUAGAAAAUAUUCAUUUACAGAUAACGUCUUCUGUUAUACCAAACGAUUUGCCUGAUCCUAGUAUUAUAAUUAAAAACUGCAGUAACUUGUAUAGUCUCAGUAUAAAAAUGUCAACUGUAGACACUUGUGUAAUAAAAAAGUCAAUAAUGUAUAAUAAAGUUAAAAAUCAAUUUGGAAAACAUUACUUGAAUAUAGAACUUUAUCCAGACAGAUUUAAAAAAUUUAGUUAUUAUCCAUAUAUAGAUGUAUUUAAUAUUUACCCAAUUAAACCAAUUUGAUUUUAUAUUG